AUGAAAAUUCCCUGUUUCAAACCCUCCUCAAUAUUCCCCAUUCCAAGAAGAGGCUCGCGCUCAACAGUCACACACAAUUUGAUGAAAAACCACAAUACUGCAUACCUAUCACAUACACAAACCAAACGAAUCAAGACCUGGGAUUCAAGAGAAUUGAGCCAACUACUCUCUGAUUCGGAUGACUGGGAUGAUGAGCCCAAACAAGCUGUAAAACAACAAUUGCCUAUGAAAGAAACAAAAUAUAAAACUUGCGAAAGUAGCGACGACGAUGAUAUAAUGCAGUUCUUCCAGGAAAGCGAAAGGCUUGAUACUGGCAGGUCUAGAAGAAGCUUAAAAGGAGCAACUGGUGAGUUAGUGUGUCAACGUAGACAUACUUCCCAUCUCCGCAAUAUCGGAACUCGCGAAUUACAUAUGACACAAAGCACUCAAGGAGCGCACUGCAAAGAGAGCAUACUGAAAAGCUCUUUGAGACCGAUAGAACCCGUACUGGAUCUAUCUAGCACCUUGAAAACGGAUAACUUCUCACCUGUAGCAAAACAGGAGCAUAUCAAAUCGCUUGCCAGUGUAAGCACUACAGAUUACGCCAUAGACGCAAGCAUUCUUGGCAUUUCUGGAGCUGCACCACAUCCGCCGGUUUCUUUUCGAAAUGAAGCAGUAUCUCAAAUACCCAGUACACAUUAUGGAAAUGAAAAUAUGCUAUCAGGUUACGGCUCGGCCAUGAAGUCCGAUCAUAUGGCAUCGGAUCCAAAAUAUCAAACCUCUCCAUCUAGAGACAAAAUGAAAGAAUCUCCAAGUGAUAGUCUCGAACUUUCAGUUGGUGUCAAUCAAGUUUCUGAAAGCCCCGAUAACACAAUCGAUAAUAGCCUGGAGAUUAUCGACAGCAGACGACCAGCGAUAAGGAAUAAAAACCAUGAGCUUGUCUUUCUCACCCAGAAGACUAACAGCAUUAACAGCAUGGCUAAAGAAGAAUCAAUAGAACCUGACAACAAGAUACUAAAUACAAUAAACAAAAAACUAGUUCAAGGUCUUGUUCUCAGCGAGGAACAAGAAUCGGUAAUUGACUUGGCCAAGCAAGGAUACAAUAUUUUCUACACGGGUAGUGCUGGUACAGGUAAAUCAGUGCUUCUAAGAGUGCUUAUAAAAACUUUGCGGAGGAUGUAUGGUGCGGGCAGUGUUGCAGUUACGGCAUCGACAGGUUUAGCAGCAUGUAAUAUCGGAGGCAUUACAGUGCAUUCAUUCGCUGGAAUUGGGCUUGGCGUUGGAGAUGAAAGAAAGCUGCUCAAGAAGGUCAAAAGGUCAAAAAAGCAUGUUCACAGAUGGCAAAAUAUCUCCGCUCUAGUCGUAGACGAAGUGUCAAUGAUUGAUGGUGAUUUACUGGACAAACUUGACUUCAUUGCUCGCAACCUAAGGAAAGAUCAAUCUCCCUUUGGAGGUAUUCAGAUAAUUCUUUCAGGUGAUUUCUUUCAGCUCCCUCCGGUAAACAAACGUCAAGAACAAGCCACCAAGUUUGCUUUCGACUCAAAAGCUUGGAAAGAAACUAUUGAUGUGACUAUUAUGCUGCAGAAAGUAUUUCGGCAACAAGGUGAUAGCAAAUUUAUCAAGAUGUUGAAUGAAAUGAGAAUGGGAAAUAUAGAUUCCGAAACUGAGGUCGAAUUUCGGAAGUUGGCGAGACCGCUGCCGGAUGACGAUAUCAUUCCUGCUGAACUGUACAGCACAAGAAAUGAGGUUGAGAGAGCCAAUAAUUCUAGACUACACGGUCUUCCGGGAAAGACAAGAUUAUUUCAAGCGAUUGAUGGCGGCGACUUGAGAGAUGAAGAAGCAAAGGAGAAGUUAUUAGCUAAUUUUCUCGCACCGAGAGAGCUGCAUUUAAAAGUGGGCGCUCAAGUCAUGAUGAUAAAAAAUAUUGAUGAAACACUGGUGAAUGGCUCAUUGGGGAAGGUGAUAGAUUUCAUCGAUCAAAACACUUUCGCUUUCUAUGAGAUGGUGCGCAACAACUCCUUUAUCAGCGAUGAGCAAAUGGAAGAUAUAAGGAAAGGUCGUGGGUUAUCUGAUAAGGUAAAUGAAGAACAAGAAGAAACCAAUCAGAAGGUAAUACGGAAGAAAUCUUUGAAGGAAUCGUUUUGCAAAAGUGGCCAGUCUGAACCUGUAGAAAAACUAGGAGAAACAAUAUUUGACUUCUUGAAAGUGGGUGUAAAUGUAAACGAUCCAGUUGUGGUGAACAACAUUGAAAGAAAAAGGCAACUGCUUCAAGAGCUGCAUGAAAAAUCAAGCGAUCGCAAACUGCCGCUAGUGAGAUUUCUGACGCCCGAUGGUUCCUCAAGGUGUGUACUUGUGCAACCUGAAGAUUGGGCAGUAGAAGAUGAAAAUGAGAAACCUCUUGUAUCCAGGGUUCAGCUACCUCUAAUGCUAGCAUGGGCUUUAUCGAUUCAUAAGUCGCAGGGACAAACUCUUCCGAAAGUGAAGGUUGAUCUACGUAGAAUUUUCGAGAAAGGUCAGGCCUAUGUCGCCUUAUCAAGGGCAGUAUCAAGAGAAGGCUUGCAAGUUUUAAAUUUCAGUCGACACAAAGUGCAAGCGCAUGAUGCUGUGGUGAAAUUCUACAAGACCCUGAUGUCUGCUAAUGAGGCGAAGAAACUCUUCAAUGAUUCCAAAAUACGACAGUCGAAGCUUUCCUUUGCACCCAAGAGCACGAAAAAGAUGGAAAAACAGAGUGUAGGACCUCGUCAAGACAGGAUAAAGGAACUUCUAAUGAAGAAAACCAAAAAGACAUCCAAGUGCGAAGAAAUAAACGAUUUAGACACCUUCCCACUGUUCUCAUCGAAGAAAGCCUCAUCCAAUGAGGCUAACCAAAUUUAA